AUGGAGGAAGACAUUAGAGGUCCUGAUUCAGCAGAUGGAUCACUUGUGAUAUAUGUUGUUAACGCUAGAAACCUUCCCAAUCGUCGUAAAUUCGAGAAGCAAGACCCGUAUGUUACUUUAAGAAUGGGUACUGUAGCUCAAAGGACUUCAAGUAUCUAUAGGGGGGGACAAACUCCAGAAUGGAAGGAGAGGAUAGAAUUUAAGCUACACAGAGAACGUAGACCAAUUAUGAAGUUAGAUGUGUUGGAUGAAACAAAAGGUGAUCCAACCCUUAUAGGUAGUUGUGAAAUAGAUUGCGCUGCAGUAUUCCAACUGGCAAAGAAUUAUGACUUUGAUAAAAGGGUUUACAUUCAUGAUAAGAAUUAUGAGCUUCAAUGUAAUGGCCAAGUUCAUGGUAGUAUAUGUCUUGAAAUGACUUUUACACCAGCAGUACCAGUAUUACCUCCAAAGAUAAAAAGUGAGAGUGCAAUCCAUAGCCAAAAGUUGAUCUCUGAAGAGUUCCCUCGAAAUCGUUAUCAAGAAUCAAAUAUGUUUCAAUCCAUAAGCUCUGAUCCGCAAGUGUCCAUAGAUGAAAGUACUUUUCAAUCAGGAAUAUCAUCCCCUAGCGGAAGUCGAUCUUAUAGUAAUCAUGGCAAUAGUGUUGGUAGUAGACCUUCAUUAUUAGGAGAAUCAGGUCCUACUAACUCCACUUCAACAGCAAAUACUUCAAGUUCUUCUGUUAAAAUUCAAGCUUCAAGUCCAUUUGACGAUACUCCAAAGGAGAAAGGUAUACUUAAAAAGGCUAAGAAAGUAAUGGGGUUUUUCACUACUCCUCCUCAACAUGACAAAACCGGAAACGGUACUUCUGUAUGGGCAGAUGCUAAUUCUUCACCACCAAAAUCAAAAUUCAGUUUAGCAAAUUUAAAGAGAAAUUCAAGUCCUGUUCGUGAAGAAACAUCUUCUUCACCAUUCAUUCCUAAUUAUGAUUUUCGUCAAUCAACUCCACCUCCAUCAAGACUUACAUUUCCACAACAAAGUUCACAAAGUCCUGAAUUUUCACCAUUCCCUGAGUCCAAUGCUGGGUUUGCAGUUUCAGGAGCACAUUCUAAUUAUACUUCCAAUUACAACUUUGAUUCUUCACUUAAUAGUCAAAGUCUAAAUCAAAGUCUAAGCCAUAGUCAAUAUUCUACAGUAUCUUCAAGCCCUAAAAGGAAACCUUUAAGGAAACCUCCACCAGAUUUCUAUGAACCUAUUCCAGAUGAUUCUGCUCCGUUUUCUGCUGAUAGUAUUGGGUUGAAUACGAGCAAACCACUUCCUGUUCCUUCAUCAGGAGCAAGACUUCGAGACCCUGAUGAAUUAGAAGCAGCACCUCAACCCACAAGUCAAAUGAACCGUGAUUGGCGAAUGAAAGCAGGGUUAGCUACGAACCAAGAUUUAUCGGUGGAUUAUAGAACUGCACAAACAGGGUACACUGGAAAGGGCAAGUUCUCGCCCAAUGUAUUUGAAAGAUUAGGACAAGAAUAUGAGGAGAUGAAUGAAAAAGGACCUCCAGUUCCAGCUAAGAUACCUCUUGGAAUGACUAAAAAGGAGUACUAUGCUUUGGCUGCUUAUAACAAGGCCAUAGCUGCAAGACCUAGCAUACCUAAGGAUACACCAUUAGCGAUGGCACCACCAGUAGCAGUUGACGCAGCAGUGGUUGCACCAGAGCUCGAGGCACUCAUAGCUUCAGUUGAAGUUGCAGAAGGGGAAGAAGUCAUUUCUUCAGACACUGAAAUGGUAGUAGAAUUCAAGUAUGCUGUACUAGAAAAUGAAGAAGCAGUGGUGGUGUUAAGGAAAGCUGAAGUUGAAGUUGUUGUUGCUCUUGUUGUUGAGUUAGCAGUAAAAGCGGCAGCCUUAAGUAACUUAGUUUCAGCAGCUGCAGCAGAAAGAGCAGACGCAACGGAGGCUAAUGAAACAGAAGCAGCAGAUGCUGAUAAUGCUGAAGCCACAGAUACAGAAGCUACAGAAGCUGAUGCAGAAGCAGCUGAAGCGGCAGAAACUGAAGAAGCUGAAGCAGCUGAAACUGAAGAAGCUGAAACUGAAGCAACAGAUGCCUUAGAAGCUGAAGCAGCAGAAACUGAAACCACUGAAGCCUCGGAAGCCACAGAGGCUGCGGAAACUGAAGAAACUGAUGCAACUGAUGCCACUGAUGCUGCAGAAAUGGAAGAAGAUUCUUGA